CGCAGUGUCCGUCACCCCGCUAUUUGUAAAUUAUAGGGCUAGCCCUCCUGCUAGCCACUACUCGGCAUGACGCCCGAGGUGGGAGAGCAUGAACAAAAGGAUGGAGAGAUGGGCCGAGAGGAGAACGGGGUGGCGCUCAGAUGCCCUCUGGUGGUGGCAGCUGGGGGGCGUGAUGGUGAGAGGUGUGAGCCAAGCCUCGGCUCAGGGGUGACGGACGGGUGUGUGUGCGGAAGCGGAGUGUGUGUGUGUGACCCCAGAGCAGUACUGGGUCAUGCGGGCAGACAGACGUGGAGCAGUCAGAUGGACUUCAUUAUGUCUUGUGUGGGAUUUGCUGUUGGCCUCGGUAACGUCUGGAGAUUCCCCUACCUCUGCUAUAAGAAUGGUGGAGGGGUGUUUCUGCUCCCCUAUGCUCUGAUGGUGUUUAUCGGGGGCAUACCAGUAUUCUUUCUGGAGAUCGCACUUGGCCAGUUCAUGAAACAGGGUGGAGUGUCUGCAUGGAACAUCGCCCCACUUUUUAAAGGGCUAGGCCUGGCGUCCAUGGUGAUCGUGUUCUUCUGUAACACGUACUACAUCCUGAUUCUGGCGUGGGGCUUGUACUUCCUGGUUCACUCCUUCACUUACCCUCUACCCUGGGCCUCCUGUAGCCAGGAGUGGAACACACCCAACUGCACACUCGACUUUAGCCGAUCCUGCUCUAAUCAGACAUUCCUUACUUCCUCUUCCUCUACAUCCUCACCACUUAACCUUUCUUCUCUUGAACUCAAUGCCAGCUGCUUGGAGCCUGAAGGCAUGCGCUCACCUAUCAUGGAAUUCUGGGAACGCAAGGUACUGCGUCUGUCUGGUGGAUUGGAUGAGGUGGGUGAUAUCAACAAUUCCAUGGUGCUGUGCCUACUGGCUACCUGGGUCAUAGUGUAUUUCUGCAUCUGGAAAGGUGUCAAGUCUACAGGCAAGGUUGUGUAUUUUACAGCUCUUUUCCCAUAUUUGGUGCUGGUGGUCCUGUUUGUUCAUGGGAUUUCAUUGCCAGGAGCUGUCAGUGGAAUAGUUUAUUAUCUGAAUCCGGACUGGAGCAAACUCAGAGAUGCACAAGUAUGGAUUGAUGCUGCCACACAGAUCUUCUACUCAUAUGCUAUUGGUCUGGGAGCAUUAACAGCCCUUGGGAGCUACAACCGCUUCAACAACAACUGCUACCAGGAUGCAUUUGUACUGGCUCUUAUAAACAGUGGGACCAGUUUUUUUGCAGGGUUUGUGGUCUUUUCUGUGCUUGGCUUCAUGGCAGCUGAGCAGGGUGUUGACAUCAGCAAAGUUGCCGAGAGUGGUCCAGGGUUAGUGUUCAUUGCUUACCCUAAAGCAGUGACUCUCAUGCCCCUGGCUCCACUGUGGGCGGUGCUCUUCUUCUGUAUGCUGCUAGUGCUGGGACUGGACAGCCAGUUUGUGGGUGUGGAAGGUUUCAUCACAGGACUCCUGGACAUGCUUCCCCCUAAGUCCUACUUUAGCUCUGUGCGUCGUGAGGUUGUCGUGGCAAUAUGCUGUAUCACCUGCUUCUUUAUCGACCUCUCCAUGGUAACCGAGGGAGGGAUGUAUGUGUUUCAGCUCUUUGACUAUUACUCAGCCAGUGGGAUCACUCUCCUGUGGCAAGCAUUCUGGGAGUGUGUGGUGGUGGCCUGGGUGUAUGGAGCUGACCGUUUCAUGGACGACGUGGCACGCAUGAUUGGCUAUCGCCCUCUGCCGUACAUGAAGUGGUGCUGGUCUUACAUCACACCGUUAGUGUGUAUGGGAGUGUUUCUGUUUCAUGUGGUAAACUAUAAGCCCUUGGUGUAUAACGGGGUGUAUGUGUAUCCGUGGUGGGGUGAGACCCUGGGCUGGGCACUGGCUCUCUCCUCCAUGCUCUGCAUCCCCCUCACUGUCCUCUACAAACUCUUACACUGCAAAGGUUCCCUCACAGAGCGUUGGCGGUACCUGACCACGCCUGUUUGGGGGCGGCACCACCUUGAGUUCCUCCCACCUGAGACAGAAGUCAAAUUGCUGCCUAGUAGUGAUCUAAGCAAAAACACACUCCUAUAUGAGAGUGUCAUCUAAGUCACGCACAUGCACACGCACACACACACACACACACACACACACACACGUGCACUACUGGCUAACAAAACACCUUUUGUAUUCUCUGACAUGAAACAAAUGCACAUGCACGCAAAGUGAUCCAGUCCCAUGCUCCAUUCCCUGCCUACUACAACAUGUUCCCUGCUCUAUUAUAAGGUUAUUCAAGAGUUGAAUGAUUAGCUGAUGAGAUGGUGCAGCACCAAGUAUCACACCUCAGUGUCUUUCACCUUUCUGCUUACAGUUUUAUAUACAGGUUUGGAGUGUUUGUCCCAUUCACUCUCUCUUCCACUCUAUAAAUAUGUCAGCUUAUGUCAUGGUGAAGCACAUAACUAUGUGUGAUGAUCACUCGCUUGUUUGAUUGUGAGAUUUCUGUGUUGUGUUGUUGUCCAGUGCAGUCAUCGGCAUAUUACAAAUUAGUAUUAUGUAAAGGGAGGAGUUUUCCCAAAGUAAAUAAAUAAAUAAAAUGCUGGUCAACUAAU